AUGGAGUCCGUGGCCCUGUACAGCUUCCAGGCCACGGAGCAGGACGAGCUGCCCUUCCAGAAAGGGGACACCCUGAAGAUCCUCAACAUGGAGGAUGACCAGAACUGGUUCAAGGCGGAGCUGUUCGGCCGCGAGGGCUUUGUCCCCAAAAACUACAUCAAGGUCAAGCCACACCCGUGGUACGCGGGCAGGAUCUCCCGGCACCUGGCAGAGGAGCGGCUCCUCCAGCGCAACCACCUGGGAGCCUUCCUGAUCCGCGACAGCGAGAGCGCCCCGGGCGAGUUCUCCCUCUCCGUCAGUUACGGGAAGCAGGUCCAGCACUUCAAGGUGCUCAGGGAGAGGAAUGGCAAAUAUUUCCUCUGGGAGGAAAAGUUCAACUCCCUCAACGAGCUGGUGGAAUUCUACAGGAUGACCACGAUCGCCAAGGAGCAGCAGAUUUUCCUGUGGGACGAGGACCAGACCCAGGAGCAGGGAUCCCAAGGCUCCUCCUCAUCCCGUGGUGGCACAGCCUCCCCACCAGGACCCGGGCAGUGCCACCCAAUGCCAGGGGCUGUGAGAUGGGGACCCCUCUCCUCCCACCAACCCCAGCCCUCGGCUGCCCUGCAGGUGAGGAGACCCCGAUUUGUGCAAGCCCAGUUUGACUUCUCAGCCCAGGAGGGCUCCCAGCUGCCCUUCCUGCGUGGGGACAUCAUCGAGGUCCUGGGCUGCCCCGACCCCAACUGGUGGCAGGGGAAGGUCUACGGCCGUGUCGGGCUCUUCCCACGGAGCCACGUCCACCCCAUCCACAAGUGA